UCUUUCAUUUUCUACACUGAAACAGCAAAAAAAAAAAAAAGAAAAAAAAAGGAAAGGAAAAGAAAGUUGCAAUCUUUAGCGCGGUGGAGUUACUGAACUGAAUCAAUGGCGACGGCGACGGCGCAGGCAUUGAGGGUCAUGAAGGUAGCAGGAAACUCGAGAAAUGUAGAAGAAGCAAGAGCUCGAGUCUUCGAUUUCUUCAAAUUGGCUUGUAGAUCACUCCCAGCUGUCAUGGAUAUUUACAAUCUCGACGACGUCGUUAAUAAGUCUCAGCUUCGCUCCGCUAUCUCCUCUCAGAUCCGCAAGAACGCUCACGUCACCAAUGCUAAGGUGAUUGAUAUGCUGCUCUUCAAGGGGAUGGAAGAGCUGGGCAACAUUGUGGAACAUCAUAAGCAGCGGCAUCAUAUCAUUGGCCAGUACAUACUAGGGAAAGAAGGGACCUUGCACGAUUCAUCACCCAAGGAUCCAAGCACCUCUGAUUUUCUCAAGAAUUUCUAUAGUGGCAACUACUUUUGAAACUCUAUGUUAUGUGAACGUGCCUCUCUUUGGUUUUGCUUCGGGUCACCGAUUUCCCAAAUAAAUGAACUAAUAUUUCUGUGUCGUUUGGUUUGCUGGAUAAAAUCCUCGACCAUUUGUUCAUGGUCCACUUUAUUGGAACCAGAUUACAAUUUUACGAAUUCCUGUUAGUUUUCAUAAAUCAAGGAUAUGUAAUUGUUGUUGGUGGUUGAA